AUGUCUCAUUCCAAACUUGCCGGUUACGAUUUCUAUCGUUCUCUAAACUCUCCUCGUUACUGUAUGGCUCCAAUGGUCGAACAAAGUGAAUUGGCAUUUCGUCUACUCUGUAAAAAUUACAACACUCAACUCACUUACACACCAAUGAUUUUCUCUCACACAUUCCUCGAAGACAAAGAGCAUCGUGUUCGACAUUGGCAAACUACUUCGGACGACUAUCCACUUCUCGUACAAUUUUGUGGCAAUGAUCCAUUGACUUUGCUCGAAGCUGGAAAACUUUGUCUUCAAAUGCCCAAUGCCCAACACUCCGUCGUCGGUAUGGAUCUAAACUUGGGUUGUCCACAAAAAUUUGCACAACAACAUCGUUUUGGUGCAUUUCUAAUGGAAGAACAAAGACUCGUUAGGGAAAUUGUCUCCAUAUUACACAGAGAACUACCCGUGCCGGUAACAUGUAAAAUUCGAAUUUUUAAAGAUAUUCAACAGACAAUUUCCUAUGCUGAAAUGAUUCGAGACGCUGGUUGCCAAAUGUUAGCAGUUCACGGACGAACACGGGAACAAAGAGGGUCGAUACAGGGUUUGGCUGAUUGGGAUGCAAUCAAGUUGGUUCGAGAACGAAUUAAGGAUAUUCCUGUGCUGGCUAAUGGAAAUAUUAGAACCUUGGAAGAUGCGGAACGGUGUAUUGACUAUACAAAAUGUGAUGGUGUUCUGUCUGCAUGUGGACUCUUGGAAAGUCCAGCAAUGUUUAGUGGGAGUGAUGGUCAAGAAAGCAAAGUGAUAUUGGCUAAAGAAUAUUUGAAAUUGUGUGCAGAGCACCCACCUCCAGAAUACAGUUUUAUGACGGGACAUGUGUUCAAAAUGUUGAAGGCACUUUUAAGUGAUCAUGAAGAUUUGAAGAUGAGACUGGGAACGGCAAAGACACGUGAAGUUAUGUUUGAUGUUGUUUUAGAACUUGAAAGAAGAGUGGAAAAUAAAAUGUAG